CUCUUCUCAGCUGACAGAAUUCUAUAAAGCAGUUUCCGGGAGAGCUCUGAACUUGAGCCUUGAAAAGCUGAAAUACUCCCAGAAGAGAUCGCUCUCUCCCUCUCUCUCCUGCACUUACUGACUCUAAAAACAAAGGGUGGGUAAGUUUUGCUGUGAAUUAAAUUUUCCAGGGAGAGGCAGGACUACUGAAUGACAAACAACAAAUCUACUCUUUCUUGCAAGAGUUCCGAGGAGCAACAAGGCAAUGCAACCAGAUGAGAAAUAUGUUUUCCCAUACAAAGGAUUUUAUUUCCAGGCAGACAUGUCUUCAGUGGAGUACUUAGAUACCCUGGAGGAUUUUGAAAUAAGAGACAGUGAUGUGUUUUUAGUCACUUAUCCAAAGUCAGGCACAAUAUGGACUCAAAAUAUUUUGAGCUUGAUUUAUCAUGAAGGUCAUCGAGAUGGAACUGAAAAAGUCGACUUACUAGACAGGGUUCCGUGGCUGGAGUACAAUAUCCGCAAUGUGGAUUAUGUCAGUCGCCCAUCACCUCGCCUCUUUGCUUCCCAUCUACCCUACUAUUUAGCACCCAAGGGAUUAAGGAACAGAAGAGCAAAAGUUGUUUAUGUGGCCAGAAACCCAAAGGAUGUCUUGGUUUCCUUUUAUCAUUUUUCCAAAGUUGCACUCCAUUUUGAAGAAGUAGAAGAUUUUGGAAUUUUCAUGGAGAGGUUUUUGGCUGGAAAGGUACUUGCAAGUUUAUGGCUGGACCAUGUGGAAGGCUGGUACUCUCACAGGGAUGACUUCAAUAUUCUGUUUCUUACCUAUGAAGAAAUGAAGAAGGAUCUAAGAAGCUGUGUAUUGAAAUUAUGCAACUUCCUGGGAAAGACACUGACGGAGAAGGAGGUGGAUGCUGUUGUGGAUCAGGCUACAUUUAAUAAAAUGAAAGAAGAUCCCAGGGCAAACUAUAAGUUCAUGCCACUGGAUAUCAUAGACCACACCAAAGGAGAUUUUCUUCGCAAAGGAACUGUUGGAGACUGGAAGAACACGAUGACAGUUGCACAAAGUGAAAGGUUUGACAGUGUUUUUAAGGAGAGGAUGGAAAAGCUGCCCAUGAAGUUCUGCUGGGACAUGAGUGAUCUAUUAUGAGUUUGCUGAGGGUGUGAAAGUAAAAAAUAAUGUGCAUGGUAAGCAUCUAAUCCAGGCCUAUUUGUAAGAUUUCGUAAAAAAACUCAAAGGUGGUUUAAUGGCUUCCUAAUGUUCAAAUAUGUACAAUUUAAAAAAAAACCCGCCAUAAUACAAUUACAUUUGUUUUGUCUACUUCUUCUGUUUCUGCAUUCCAGCAGGUCCUAAUUUCUGACUCCACGUGCAAAAGUCAAGGAAUCCCAAACUAACUAUUGGGAUUAGUUAUUGUAUUAUAAUUUGGCACUGUUAUAAUGAGGCUACCAUUGGAUUAUUGUAAUUGAAAAUUAAUAAAAAUUAUUGUUUUUAGUGGUGUUCCAGAUG